CCGUACUCUCCCCGUACUCCUGCAAACACUCUGCGCAAAAAAAAGGAGACGAGAAUAAACCGGGUGAAAAAAACAUCUUGCGAAUCAUCCAGGGAGACCAUCAUCUUCUUACGAGUUCUAAAAGCUGUUACUUAUCCGCAGUGUCCGUGCAUGCGUCUGAAGGUAGUCCACUACAGUGUCUGCGCUCGGUCUUCGGUGGUGCGGUGCUAGAAUACGGGCGUGUUAGAAGUACUGUACCAUAGUGCAUCCAGAUUCCAGGCAAAGCAUAUCACGCGCGUCACCUGAGCUGGUUUAACUUUCGGAGACAAGAGGUUUUUAAACAUUUGAGCAGAGCCAUUGAGCAUGCACGCUUCAGCUUCAAGCUAAGUAAGUAGCAGAGCCGCAAUAUAUACAUUGCAACUGAGGAAGAAGAAGGAGAGAGAAGGAGGUUGUUCUCGCGCGCAUAUUACACACACACGCGCGCGCGCGCGUCUCACGACGACAAGACGAGGGGACAGCCCGCGCUGCCUACUGCUCCUGCCAGUGGCCAGCACCUCUUCUUCGCGGACUGCUCCUGACCAAGACGACAAGUGACAAUGGCGGCAAAUCUCGAGCAGUUCCAGCAACUCCUGAGCACCCUCCUCCACAGCACUGACAACGAAGUCCGCUCGCAAGCCGAGGAGGUGUACAAAAAUUUACCAUUGGAAAGCAAAGUUCACUUACUCCUAAGUGUUCUGUGUGACACAAAUCUAAAUGAAGAUGUACGAAAUUCGGCAGCCGUAUUGUUACGUAGGGUGUUUACUCAAGAAUUUAUGGACUUUUACCCAAAGAUUCCACCAGAAGGGCAAGCUCAGUUGAAAGAGCAAAUUUUAUUGGCUAUUCAAAAUGAGCAGUCUUCCAAAACCAGGCGUCGAAUGUGUGACGUAGCGGCCGAAGUUGUUAGAAAUUUAAUUGACGACGACGGUAACAACCAAUGGCCGGAAUUCUUGCAGUUUCUAUUCCAGUGCGCAAAUGGACCAGUACCAGGUCUUAGAGAGAGUGCUCUGCAAAUGUUUACAUGUGUCCCAAGCGUUUUUGGCAAUCAACAAGCAAAUUAUCUUGACCUUAUCAAGCAAAUGUUACAAUUGUCUGUUAGUGAUGCAGCCAAUUAUGAGGUACGAUUCCAAGCAGUCAGAGCAAUCGGAGCAUUCAUUAUACUUCAUGAGAAAGAAACCAAUAUCCACAAGCACUUUUCUGAGUUGUUACAUCCAUUGGUACUCGUCAUAGCCGAAUCAAUUGACAAACAGGAUGACGACUCUCUGCUAAAAGUCCUAAUUGAACUAGCCGAGUCGACGCCGAAAUUUCUUCGACCUCAGCUGGAAUCAAUUAUGGAAAUGUGUAUGAAAGUUUUCUCCAAUGAAGAGAUGGAAGAUUCUUGGAGACAAUUGUCUCUCGAAGUCAUUGUGUCACUCGCAGAAAAUGCUCCAGCAAUGGUCCGAAAGGUCGGCGAAAAAUAUAUCGCUGCGCUAGUACCAUUAGUUUUGAAAAUGAUGGCCGACAUCGACGAUGAAGAAAACUGGAGCUUAGCUGACGAAGUUAGCGAGGAUGAUAAUGAUACCAAUAAUGUGGUAGCUGAGAGUGCCCUUGAUAGACUAGCAUGUGGCCUUGGCGGUAAAACCAUAUUACCACAAAUUGUACAGAAUAUUCCUUCGAUGUUGGAAAGUCCCGACUGGAAGUACAGACAUGCUGCACUCAUGGCAAUAUCUGCAGCAGGAGAAGGGUGUCAUAAACAAAUGGAACAAAUACUACCACAGAUUAUGGAUGGUAUUAUGCGAUACUUGCAAGAUGUGCACCCUAGAGUCAGAUAUGCUGCUUGCAAUGCUGUUGGACAGAUGUCGACUGACUUUGCACCGACCUUCCAAAAGAAAUUUCAUGAUGUAGUAAUCCCAGGAUUAUUUCACGUUUUGGAUGACAAUGAAAAUCCCCGAGUUCAAGCUCAUGCUGGGGCAGCUCUCGUCAAUUUUAGCGAGGAUUGUCCUAAGAAUAUUCUGAUGCCAUACUUGGAUUGUAUUAUGAAUAAACUAGAGUUAAUAUUGAAUGCCAAAUUCCAAGAAUUGGUCGCCAAAGGAACAAAACUAGUGUUGGAACAGAUUGUUACGACGAUAGCCAGCGUUGCUGAUACAUGCGAGGAACAAUUUGAAAAGUAUUAUGAUAGACUUAUACCAUGUCUGAAGUUUAUUAUUGAGAAUGCAACCAAGACAGAGCACAAACUGCUGCGUGGCAAAGCAAUUGAAUGCGUCAGUCUUAUCGGCUUGGCUGUUGGACGUGACAAGUUUUUAGCAGAUGCCAAAGACGUUAUGGCCAUGUUGCUAAAAACACAAGGGGAUUUGCCCGAAGAUGACCCACAACUCAGCUAUUUGAUUUCUGCCUGGUCAAGACUUUGCAAAAUUCUUGGAAAAGAUUUUGAGCAGUACUUACCUUUGGUCAUGCCUACUGUUAUGCAGACAGCAGCCAUGAAACCGGAAGUGGCACUGCUGGACAAUGACGAUAUGGAGGGUAUUGAAAGUGAUGUCGAUUGGCAGUUUGUUUCAUUUGGAGAACAACAGAAUUUCGGCAUUAAAACUGCCGGACUCGAAGACAAAUCCUCAGCCUGUGACAUGCUUGUGUGUUACGCACGUGAGCUGAAAGAUGGUUUCGCAAAUUAUGCUGAAGAAGUCGUUAAACUCAUGGUUCCUAUGCUUAAAUUCUAUUUCCAUGACGGAGUACGGACAGCUGCGGCGGAGAGUUUACCUUUUUUGCUGGAUUGUGCGAAAAUUAAGGGUCCACAGUAUUUGGAAGGUAUGUGGAAUUACAUUUGUCCAGAUCUUUUAAAAGCCAUUGACACUGAACCCGAGCCUGAUGUAAUGUUGGAGUUAAUGUAUUCUCUGGCAAGAUGCAUUGAAACUUUGGGUGCUGGUUGUCUUACACCACAGUCAAUGGAGGAAUUAUUACGCAUUCUCAACAAACUGUUAAAUGAACACUUCGAAAAGGCCGUAGCUAGAUUGGAAAAAAGAAAAGAUGAAGAUUACGAUGAUGUCGUUGAAGAACAGCUUGCCGACGAAGACAACGAAGAUCUUCAUACAUUGAGUAGGAUAAGUGACAUUUUCCACGCGCUUUUUAUUACCCACAAAUCGGCCUUCUUCAUCUACUUUGAUCAAAUCGUGCAACACUUUGUAAAAUUGUUGGCCCCCGAUAGGCCAUGGUCUGAUCACCAAUGGGCUCUAUGCGUCUUUGACGAUGUGAUUGAAUACGGAGGUCCUGAAUGCGUCAAAUACGAGAAACAUUUCCUUCUUCCUCUCAUUCAGUAUGUCACAGACAAAUCAGCAGAAGUCAGGCAAGCUGCGGCUUAUGGCUGUGGAGUUCUUGCCCAAUUCGGCGGCGAAGCUUUUGCACAGGCCUGCGCCCAAGCCUUACCCAGACUUUUAGAAGUCAUUAAUGAGCCUGACUCGAGAAGCAUCGAAAAAGUAAAUCCUACAGAGAAUGCCAUUUCAGCUGUAACGAAAAUCCUUAAAUACAACAGUAAAGCAAUCAACGUUGACGAAAUUCUUCCACACUGGUUAAGUUGGCUACCAGUUGUAGAGGAUGACGAUGAGGCCCCACAUGUUUACGGAUACUUGUGCGACUUGAUUGAAACGAACAAUCCAAUAGUUCUAGGUCCAAAUAAUUCAAAUUUGCAAAAGCUCAUCUCAAUAUUUGCGGAAGCCUUCAGUAAAGAUGUCAUACCUUCCGAUAGUGAAGUUCUACCUAGAAUACUUGGUAUAAUUCGACAAGUUCAGAGUAACGAUUCCAUGUUUCAAAUGUGUAUGUCCGUUUUGACGCCGGAACAAAAAAUAGCACUCCACGAUGCCCUUAACGUGCAACCCCCAAUAUAAGACGCCAUUGAGCCGAUUCGAUUUCAACGUAAUAAAAAAAAAUUAUAACAAAAAUAUCUGCGUUUUUCCAAAUUUCAAUAACUGGGAAAAUAAUCGAUGCUGCGUAGGUUAUUUAGAUGCCUUACCUACCUAACAAGCAAACUGAAUUUUACGCCUCACUUUACAGCCUAACUAGUUAGCAUUCGGAGAGAAAAAAAGGACACAUAGGUGUAAUUGUCUGUUUUGCUGAUCACUGUUAUUGUUAAUUGAAUAUUUUUUUGUCUCCACUGUGCGACACAAAUACAGACCUCAAAAUUUGUCGUAUUAGCAAUAAAUAAUGAAUUUCAUUAUUUCGUGAAAAGAAAAUUUUAAGUUAUACUUUGUAUACGUACAAUGAAAAAUUCUUAUUUGUCGUAAAUAAGUUCGCAAUGACGAAAUGACUAUUUUUGUAAUUUUCUCUAUGAAAUAUAUAAUUUUCUAAAAAAAAUUUUACUUAUAAAUACGAGAAAAAAAAACGAUGGUAAAAUCAUUAAUAAAUGUAUAUCAGAAAUAUUUCUUACGUUCUCGUAUACAAACUUAUAAGGUAUAUGAGAAAUCUACAUAAUGCUUUAUAACAUUUUAAUCAAGUUGUGGCUUACUCUUCCGAGAAU